CCAUUGAGGACGAGUACAGUGGUCCGAAACUGGAGGACGGGAAGGUGACCUUGGAUUUCAUGAAGGAACUGAUGCAGUGGUACAAGGAACAGAAGAAGCUCCACCGGAAAUGUGCAUAUCAGAUUCUGGUCCAGGUGAAAGAGGUGCUAUCAAAACUCCCUACCCUUGUAGAAACCACGUUAAAAGAGACGGAGAAAAUUACCGUCUGCGGAGACACCCACGGACAAUACUACGACCUCCUGAACAUAUUCGAGCUGAACGGGCUGCCCUCGGAAGAUAAUCCAUAUCUGGCCCGCAAAUUCAACUACAGUUCCCAGAAUUCUUAG